AUGACCGACAUGUUCCCAGUCGAAAACGAUAUGACGCCUGAGAAGCUCACUGUCAUGAAGCUCAAGGCCAGCGGGCUUGGCCGAGAUAUCAUCUCCUCUCGUCGUACCAGUAGCUUUCUCCAGUCACAUCGUAGCAAGAUGUCUAGCGAGCUUACUACUCAGGCGGAUGGGAAGGUCUUCGCUCUGAUGGAUCUCAUUUCAAAUGCUUCUCGCGAAGCUGCCUCGCUCAAAGAGUCAUGGGCACGCAUCCUCUCAGAGCGUGACACUCUAUUACGCGAGCGAGACGAGCUUAUGGUCACGGUUGAGGAGGUGACUGAGGAGAUUCAGCGCAAGGAAGCCGAGCACUCACAACACGGCCACGAGCAUGGAGAGAGGAAGAGGCAGGUCGAGAAGCUUAUUCUUGAGCUCACAGCUGUCGUCGCACAAGUUUCGGAACAUAAAAAGAAACUUGCGGAUCGCGACCGUGCACUGGAGCUGACCCGCCAUGAGCUUCACGAGCUCCAAGCCUCUGUCGCACUCACGGUCGGCGAACACGAGAGGACUCGUUCCGAGCUGGAAGCCACAUAUGCAAGACUCAAGAUCUGCGAGAGUGAGCGCGACGUUGCCCGCCAUGACUCGGAAAAGCAUCACAAUGAAAUUCGCGCACUUGUUCGUGAGCACACCGAGCUUAAAAGCAAGCACUCAGAAACCAUCUCCAAGUUCGACCUGACCCGCAAGGAACUCAUCACUAUCAAUGAGCGUAUCAAGUUGUUCGAACUUGAGCGGGACGAACACCUUCAUGACAAAGACCGCUUGAAUGAGGAACUGAAGCGUGCCAAGUUCAGGAUCGAGGAGGCAACUCGCGAAUUCACUGAACUCACUGAGAGCCACGACCGCGUUCAGCGAGAGCUUCAUAAGCUCAAGGAAACCCUUCGGUCUGUCGAAGCAGAGCGUGACGACUUUUCCUUCACUAUUGAGAACUUGCGUCGCGACGUCAAGCUCAAGGUUGCUGGGUGGGAGGAAGCUGAUGCUCGUGCCAAUGAGUACUUGCUCAAGCACGAACACGUCAAGCGUGAAGUUGUCUCUGUCAAAGAGAAGCUCCGAGAGAUCGAGCUGGAGCGUACCGAACUCUCCAGUGUUAUUGAUCGUUCCCGUGAGGAGCAACGUCUUAUCGUCAUUGAACGCGAGCAACUCAAGCAAGAUGUCCACGACGAGCAUCGCAAGGUCGAAGAUGGUCGCCGCCGUAUCAAUAUCCUCGAAGAGUCUCUUCGCCGGUCUGAGCUCGCCACCGCUGAGAUCAAGUCCGAGAUCCUUACCCUAACUGAACGCAACCGAGUCCUAUACCGCGAGGGCGAAGACUCCCGCAUCAAGCAAGGACAUCUUACGACUGAGAUUGCCAGUCUCCAGGAACAGUUGGCCCUCUUCCAAACCGAGAUUACCAACCUCAAGUACGAUCGUGAUCGCGCACACUCCGACCUCAAUGCCUGGAAGCACAAGUAUGAAGAGAUUACCGAGACAGUCACAUCCUACGAGGACUCUUCUGCAGAGUUUGAGUUCGAAAUCACCUCUUUGCGCACAUUGUUGAGCGAGGCUCGCGAGCAAAAGGAGCGUGCCAUCCAGGCCCGCCACGCCGCCGACCGCGAGCGCGACGAGUACAUUGCCAAGUACGAGGAAAAGUGCCGCGAAAUGGAACGCUUCGAGGAAAACGCCAGCAGCAUGUACCACGCCCACAGCAAUGCCAACGGUAGCCGUAUGGGCAAGACGACAACUCACACACGGGUUGUCUCUGGCGGCACCACCAUCCACAAUCAUGAUGCGAGUAGCGGCCACGCCCACGCCCACGAGCACGGAGAAGGGAAUUCUCUGUUCGCCUAA